UAGUCAAUAUGCAGCUCAUAUUUUUGGCGACUUUUGUGGUUCUAUUGGGAGUGGUUUCUACCCAUCCUGUAGAAGAGGAUCCUGCUCCUGCUGCUACCCUGGAUGAUGUGGCUGAUUUGGGUGGUGAGGAAGCGAAAGGAGGCGAAAGACCACCUCGUUGGCUGUCUGGAGGAUGGGGAGGAGGUUGGAACUCAGGAUGGAAUGGAGGAUGGGGUGGAGGAUGGAAUGGAGGAUGGAACGGAGGAUGGAAUGGAGGCUGGAACAAAGGAUGGAGUGUUUCUUAUCGUCCCUGGAGCAGCAGCUAUAGUAGCUACUGGUGGUAGGAAACAAAAAACAGUGGCUUCCCCAAAAUCUAUGACACCUUUUAAAUAAAGCUGCUAUUAUAAUAUUA